AUCUUAUCUUCACAAUUUUGAGAAACUACAAUUAAAAGGUUGUAGACAAAUUACAAUUUUUAAUAUUAACCUCAAUAAUUGGAAAUUAAAUAAUAUUUGGCUGAAAAAGCAUCUUCUUAGGAAAUAGGUAAUAUUCUAAAUGAAUUAUUAGAAACGCCCUAUAAUUACUGCUUAACAAGAAUUUCAUAAUCAAAAAGAUAGAGGACCCUAGGCAUCUUAUAAACUAAGAUUUUUAUAAACAAAUCUUCAUUUUUGAAAAACUAAUCCAGAUUAUUAACAUUAAAUUAAGAAUAUUUUUAGAGGUAAGAAAUAACUUCAUUUCCUUUUGCUGAAGUGAAUAGAUAAAAUUUGAGAGGAAAGCCCUAUAAUUUUCAUAGAAAACAACUCAUUUUGUCUUAUGAAAAGUCUAAGCCAUAUUCAGAAAUAAAGUCAAAUUAAAUAAUAAUUCAAGGAGAUCCAAAAUUUUAGAAACAUAAAUUUAAACUUUCUAUACAAGUAUGAUAAAACCUCUAGAAUAAUUAUCAAAUUCUCAUUCUCUAAUUAAGUCUCAUAUUUCAAAAUUGGAACUGAAAAUAUUUAUUAUUAAUCGGAAUUGCAAUCCAAGUAUUCUUAUUAAUUUAAUUAUAUUUAAAGUUUCAAAAAUACAGCUGGACAACCUGGACAAUUAACAGGAAAAGUAUUAAAUGAUUUAAGAUUUUCUCAUUUUGGAUUAAAUGACAAUAGUAGCAGAAAUACAUUUAUGACACAAAAUAAAUGGAAGCACAUAAUUCAUAAUAAUAAGAAUAUCCUAAUAAAUUAGAUUCGUUUACUAGUGCAAAUUUGUAUUAUUCUUAUAGAUCACAUCAUUUCACACUUGAGUAAAAUAGAGAAGAUCUAAUAUUAUAAUCAUAGACCUUUGAAUGGUUAACCAAAUUUUUAAAUUAACAGUAAGUCAACAAUUUGA